GGGAGAAUUUAACAUACUUCCGGAGAAGACACAACCAUGCCUGUCUUAGACGAUCCCAACCCGAUCAGCUGGGCGGAUGAAGUGGAACAGGGAGAAGAUGGAGCCUUACCCCCAAACUCUGAAGAUUUUGAUGAGGAACAGGGAAUUCGCACCAUAACAGAGUACAAAUACAAUGAUGACGGCAAGAUGGUCCGGGUUGUUAAGAUCUAUAAGGUGGAGAAAAGGAAGGUCUCAAAGUCCAUUGCUAGACGAAAGACCUGGCGGAAGUAUGGGGAAGCUGAGCGUGACCCUCCAGGCCCCAACCCUGCCAACACUAUCAUUUCUGAAGACGUUUUUAUGCAGUUUGUGCACAACAAGGAUUCACAGCAACCACAGGAACCAGAAAAUGAUGAUGCUCUCUCCAAACUGAAGAACCAGGCCAAGAUGGUGUCCUGCCGUAUCUGUAAAGGAGACCAUUGGACGACGAGGUGUCCAUACAAGGACACUCUGGCCCCGUUACAGGAUAAACUGACAGAGGUGGACGCCAAGAAACCAGAGGGCACUGCGGCUGCAGGAGCUGCUCCUGCCCCGGGGGCACCAGCCCAGAAGACAGUGGGAGGCAAGUACGUACCACCGAGCCUGCGUGACGGAGCUCGAGGAAGAGGGGAAUCCAUGCAGUCUAACAAGAGAGAUGAGUCCGCAACCAUUCGAGUCACCAAUCUGUCAGAGGACACUCGUGAGAGUGAUCUACAGGAACUCUUCAGGCCAUUUGGAACGAUACAGAGGAUUUAUUUAGCCAAGGAUAAAAACACAGGACAGUCAAAGGGAUUUGCCUUCAUCAAUUUCCAUCGCCGUGAUGAUGCAGCACGUGCCAUUGCCGGCGUAUCCGGGUUUGGAUAUGAUCAUCUCAUCUUGAAUGUAGAAUGGGCCAAGCCAUCUGGAAGCAACUGAUUUUCUCAUGUUGAUGAAACCAGCGCAUGGACCCCCAUGUUGUCAUGUACUACACAUGUAGUAACUAAUUCCUGUUCUGUUUUCUGAAACACACAAUUUUUGGACAAUGACAAAGUAUGUGGCUGCGAAAAAAAAAUAUCUAAGACAAUGAACGACUGGCAGAUGUACUUAGGAUUUUCACAAAAUUAAAUUACUUUGUAGAUUUGAUAAUCCUGCCAGUCAGAAGAACAAGUUCUCAACUGAUUUGGACACUUAGUGUUAAGUUAUCUGCCCUUGAAAUCACAAACUUCAAUGUUUAUAAAAUAUGUAUUCCAACUUUAAUGAUACAAAUUGAGAGGGUCUAUAUAUUUGCGGCGAGUCAGCACUGAAAAGCAUGUCGUUGAUGUAAAAUGGAAAAUAUACAAUAUG